AUGCCCUCAGAGACUGGUGGACAGCUCGUUGUGCCCGAGGUCGAUCGAUAUAAUCGUCAUGUGAAGAUGUGGGCGGUUGGAUGGCGGACAUCGGCGUCGUGUCACUUUACACGAUGGCCCAAGCGGACAGGAACGACGGGACUUAACGGGUUUGCUUUUACCCAACCUUUACCACGUCAAGGUGUCGACGCCUUGUCAUCCGAGCGCGCUCCCAAAGUCCGUAUCCCGGCCAGAAAUUCGCUUACCUGCAUAAUACCUGCCUACAUUUCUACUCCUGCAGCCAUCCAAUUGAACACAGUUGCAAAGAGAAAUCGCCAAUGGGCGUUGUUGACCAGGAAAGCUUUGCUCCUGUUUAUUUUCUUUGCCGCUGAUGUAAUCGCUUUUCACGUCUUGUACGGUCACUGGCGAAGGGGAGCUUGGGAUGCUAACGGCUCCAGGGGUCGCAUGAAGGUAAGAAGUUGGAGUUACAUCAAGCAUUCAGUCACCCGUAGCCCCAUUUUCGCGCCACGGUCUUAUUUAGAAGGAUCUCUCCUUGUCCAUGGAGCUCGCUACACGUUUGGUCGAGACCACCUCGACAGCGGCUACAAAAAAGUCGAGGUCGCGUUCAGGGUCGCCGUCUGCCCAUACAGUCUGUACACCAAUAAUGACGAAUGGUUAAAGUGCCCGCAGUUCACCGAGUUUCAUACACUCUGA